AUGGAGACAGACCAUGUUAAGACUCCACAGUCGCUGUCAGCUAAAUUUGAGGGGUCUUUUGCAUAUCUGACAGUGAGGGACAGGCUGCCAACGAUCCUGACAAAAGUUAUAGACACCAUUCAUCGAAAUAAGAACAAUUUCUUUGAGGAACAUGGGGAGGAAGGGGUUAAUGCAGAAAAAAGGGCCAUCUCCUUCCUGUCUAAGCUAAGAAAUGAGCUGCAGACAGACAAGCCGGUGUUGCCUCUGUCUGAUGACGCAGAGGAUACAGUGGCCUGGAACGAGUACAUGCAGAGACAACAGGACAUGAUGGAGGACAGGCAGCCUGUCAGCUGGUUCAAGUCACCUUGGCUUUAUGUGGAGUGCUACAUGUACAGGAGGAUCCAGGAGGCAGUGUGGCUAAAUCCUCCAAUAGGUGACUUUGAUGUGUUCAAGGAGGGAAAGACACAAACCUUCUUCGAAUCCCAGCAGGCAAUAAUGUUUCUUUGUACACACCUCCGAGAGGUCCUCACCAGCAUGGAUAACCCAAAUGAGAAACAGCUCUUUGACCACUUUCUCAAGUUUCUACAGGUGUCUUUGUGGGGGAACAAGUGCGAUUUGUCCAUCUCAGCUGGUCAGGACAACUCUCAGAAGAUCAGCCCUAUUGAGUCUCUGGCCAGUCUGCAGCGUUUCAUCCUUGUGGAUGACUCUGAUCAGGUGUGGUCAGCUUUAAUGACUCUGCAGGGUUCCAGAGAGACGGAGAAGAGAGGAGCUAGAGUGGACCUUAUUCUAGACAAUGCUGGGUUUGAACUCAUCACUGACCUGGUACUUGGAGAUUUUCUUGUUUCUGUUGGACUGGCAAAGGAAGUGCGGUUCCAUGGCAAGUCCUUCCCAUGGUUUGUCUCUGAUGUCACCAAGAAGGAUUUUGAUUGGACUAUAAGGCAGACCAUGGCGUCCAAUCACAAGCAGAUGUCCGCAUGUGGUGUCCAGUGGAAACGCUUUUUGAAGGAAGGGGUGUGGUCAUACCAUGAUCAUCGGUUCUGGACAUUACCACAUGAAUUCUGCGACAUGCCGACUGACGCAGCAGAUCUUUACACUGAUUUACAAGGUUCGGAUCUAAUUCUUUUCAAGGGAGACCUAAAUUACCGCAAACUGACUGGUGAUAGAGACUGGGAACACACUGUUCCUUUUGCCAGAGCCUUGAGAGGCUUCCGUCCUGCCCCGCUGUGCAGCCUCAGGACACUAAAGGCUAACGUCCAAGUGGGCUUACAGCCAGGCCAUGGUGAAAUGCUCACCUCUCAGGAGCCAGACUGGAUGACCAAUGGCAAAUAUGCUGUAGUUCAGUUUUUCUGUCCACCCAGAGAACAGUAGGCAUGUUCUUAGAGACAGUGUUCACUACAAACAUGGAGGAGAUGCUUAAUGCUUUGACAACAGGCCUAGUCCAGAAAAGAAAUGAUGAGAGGACUGUUUUUGUCUGUUAACUGUUAAUUAAUUACACACUGCACUGUGUUUUUCGUUAUUUUGCGCACUCAGUUUUUCCCGAAAGCUCUUAAGAACACAAGCAUGCAUUGUAACACUUAUUCCUGCUGUCAGUUUGUUCCUUAGUGGAACACAGUCUUUUUUAAAAGACAAAAAUGUCUUUUAUAAAGCAUUUUCUGCCAACAAGCUUGUGAAAGUUAAGUGAAAUCAUGAGAUGUGCUAAUAUUUUUGACAUGCAGCAUGUUUCAGUAGAUUAAACUGACAUCUUUGUUCGUGUCAUGUUCAUAAUACAUUCUUGCUGUGAUCUCUGCUGUUUUUGAAUUAUCUGCAGUAAACUGUAUGGGAGUCCUAUAAUUGAAUUACUUUAAUGUAAUAAAAUACCCGCCAUAAGUAUUAUAGUAUAAGUCUAUGAAUUAAACAUUCUGGUUUAGAGAAAUGUAUGCUUUGUUUUGACAAUGUGGUCAGUGGGUCCAGAGAGUGGCAUGCUGGUCUUGCUGGACAUGAACUCAGGAGGGAUGCUUAUAGUGAGUUGCUACCUGCAGAUUUUCUUUCAUUAUUAUUGCGUAAGCAAAACUACUGUGUUUGAAAGGAGUAUUACAAAACAACUGUUUGUGCUUUGGCAGGUGUUCUGAAUCACUCUGGACAGUACGGUAUGGCAUGGUGCAGUAACAAAUCUGUGAUUUCACAUCCACAGUUGGUCAAUAUUACCACUGUUAAGUGACUCAGACCGUAACUAACCACCCAUGCUGAAUUUACUUACCCUUCUUGGCAGUACCAAGCCCAACGCACUGUGAUAACAUGUACACUUUUCAGGAGAUAUUUCUGAGGAGAUUAGAUAUAAGAUGAUCAACUUGCUUAAUGAAGAUAAGUCAAAUAAGUUUAAAAAAAAUUAAAAAGGUUUCAAAAAUUAUUACAACCCUGAACAACCAUGCCAGACCUGGUAGACCACCAAAACCUGUCCCCAUCAGAUAAACAGUACUCAAAGCUUUCAUCUUUGAGAGAGAGGAGAAAAUCAAGCUCCACUUUUGAUUCAGAUUUGAAAAAAUCCACAGGUGUUUCUCUCCUUCAUUCCACUGUGAGAAGAAAUGAGAAAAGGAAAUAGAGAAAGUAUGCAAAUCAAACAAAAAGCGGCUGGUGUUCUCACAAAAAUGAACUGACAACCCCACAAUCCAGACCUCAACAUCAUUAAAUGUGUCUGGGAUUACUUGGAUUUUCAGAAACUGAAAAUGCAACCAACUUCUAAGACUGAACUUUGGAGGCAUGGAAAAUAUCCCUGCAGAUUUCUUUGAAGAACUGAACGGACAUAUUGAAGGAUGGACAUAUUAUUAUUUAAUUGUGGAAGCAUCUGUAAUAUUUUGUUGAAAUAUUUUUCUGCCUUUUCCUGAUGCUGAAAAACAAAUAACUUUCACAUAAAGGCUGUUUUGACAAAUGUAAAAAAAAAUAAAUAAAUAAAAUGCAGUUGAUUUUGUAGAAAUGGUGCAGACCACUGAUGUCAAAUGUAGUCCUGACAAAAUCAUCAGAAUUUGUCCUACUGUCAUUGGACCUUUGUGGAGUGGGAAAUAUAUAGAGAUACUUGACCAGGGUACAGAUAGUUCUGGAUUCAGAUUAAUAACUACUGUGCCUGCACUGUCUGAUGGAAAAAAGCUAUUAGCCACCUGCUUAUUUGUGAGAUGCAGCAUGUUGCUUGUGGUUUGGUAUGCACUCUCUCUCAAAUGUAAUCUGGAAAUCACUAUCACAGCUGUAUGCUGCAUGAGACAGCACUUUUUUCAAUUCAAAUUUCCGUUUUCUUAUGAAUCGAGCAACAAUAUGGAAAAUUAUUUAUUGUGACUUCAAGCAUUCAGGUGUAAUUUGUGUUGACAAGCUGCAGCAAUUUUCUAAACUGGCGAGUUUUACGUAGGAAAAAAGUUUACAAAACUUGGCACACGUGUGAAUGGAAUGCAAAACUAAUAAAUAAAUACGAAGUGAAACUUUGUUACUUGACUGUAGUCUUAGUAUAAUUGUCCUGUUGAUAAACUGUUUUUCUCUCGCUU